AGAGAGAGAGAGAGAGAGAGGGAGAGCUGCUCCUCCUCCUGCUCCUCCAUGCCGCCGGAGGUGUCCGCGGUCAUGGCGAAGAUCCGCGUGUCGUACGAAUAUUCCGAGGCGGAGGACAAAAGCAUCCGGCUCGGUUUGUUCCUGAUCGCCUGCGGCAUCCUGAGUCUGUUCAUUCUGGGCUUCUGCUGGCUCAGUCCGACCCUCCAGAACCUCCAGAGCAAACCGGCCAACUGCACGGUGGUGUCGGUGUUGCGCCCGGAGGAGAUGUUUGAGUGCGUUUUUACGUGCGGUGCAGAUUGUAAAGGAACGUCGCUCUAUCCCUGCCUGCAGAUUUUUGUGAAUAACUCCGAGUCCAAUUCAGUGGCUCUUCUGCACUUUGACGAGCAGCAGCUGGUUCUCAACCCAAAGUGCUCGUACGUCCCCCCGUGUGAGCGUGAUAACCAGAAGAACAGAGCGAGCGUCCUGUGGUGGGAGGAUUACUUCACCAAAGAGGUCAGCAGCCAGUCGUUCACCUGCUUCUUCAACCAGCAGCGGAGGCCUGACGAUGUGUUGUGGCGUCGUUCCCAUGACACCAGCGUCCUGCUGCACUGCGUGCUCUGGCCGAUGGUCUCACUGCUUCUGGGCACGCUCAUCGUGCUGCUGACAGUGUGCGCGCGCUCCCUGGCCGUGCGAGCUGAGGCUCUGCAGAAGAGGAAGUUCUCCUAUGAGGUGUGCCAAGACACAGGAGGCGUGGUCUCAGAGCGCCGCAGCAACAAGGCCGGUGACGCCCUUACCACAAACUCUGACCCUGAGCUGUCAUCGCCUUCAAGGACCCUGCUGACAUGUGCGGUGCCGGUGAGACGCCGCGAUCGAGAACAUUAAAAUCAGACUGCCCACAUCGACGUCGGCAAAGUCGCCUGACCUGCUUAUGUCACCUAAUGUAAAAAAACAA